GUCGCAUUAAGCUAUUGAGGAGAAUGCUGUAAAAUCGCUCUCCGGUCGAAUCGAAAUAAAGUGUUGUCAUAAAUGCUUUUUAUUUCUCUUUGGGGUCACGGUUGUUCUUUUGAAAGUAUUGUGUUUCAUGUUUUAGCCGUGAGAGAUGGAGUUGGCGGAUGACUGAUGUUUGUGCCGAGCUCACUGUUAGGUGCAUUGGGAGCACCUGGUGUUCGUUAUGUUUCUGUCUGUCUUCUCGUUGCUUGUUUCCUUUAGGCAGUGAACGGAUGGGCUGUAUUUCACUUCUGUACGGUGUUGUUUUAUUUAUUCCAGUCCAGUAAACGCGAGUGAGCUCAGCCUACGUCUCCGUGUGAUCCUUUCCGGGAGGGUUGAAACAAAAGAAAGAACCAGAAGAGGGGGUUACAUCUGCGAGAAGGGUGUGUCAAACGGUCACAUGCAAGACGGUAAUGUCACGCUUCAAAGCAUUCAAAGUUCUCUGAAGGUGUAGGGGAGAGUGAUGCUCCCUUCGGAGUGGAAGUUGCUCUGAAUUCACUUUUCUUCCGUAUUGUGACAUGAAUCUGAGUGUAACGGAUUAUCAAAAAAAAAAAAAUGUGGGUUGGGGAUUUGGCUCUGCAUCGGUUGUUGAUUGGAUUUUACGAUGUGGGAGUUUCACUCAGAAAUGGAGGAAUAUGAAUGUAAGUUUUCAGGGGUGGGGUUUAAAUAGACCAAAUAAUUGGAGAAAUCCAACUCAUGUUCAGAGAGAAGUCGUUUUCACACAUCAUAUAUCCUAUAGCCACUCCAAAAUGAAUUUGUGAUGCAAACAUGUUAACUGUUAGGCAGGCAAUUUAUUACGUGAUGAUACUUUUUACAAUUUAUUACUUUCCCACACUGUCAGAUAAAAUGGACCUCAGGACUAAAGUCACAGUCAAAUGCAGAGCAGAGUAGAACACUGAAGUCGGGGACUAAAAAUGACACAAACAAGGGAAGUGCUGUUCACUCACAGCUAAGUUUAUCGAGCUUGGGCUUUAAAUAGAACAGUGUGGCUCCUAUAGGAAAUGACAAGAUAGUCAUUAAAGGUACACGUGACCACAACAAAUUAAAAACAGGAAGAGAUAACAAUGAGCAGGGACAUGCACAGACAUUUUGGGGGGCAGGGGCUCAUAAUUAUUUAUUUAAAAAAAUAAUAAACCCUUAAAUAUAUUAACACAACUCUGAUUUCCUUACCAAUUUAUUUUAAUUCCCUCACACUCAUGCAAUUGUUUCAUACUCCACAGAUUUCUACAAAAUAAUCAGUUCACACAGAGGACAUUGUCCUCUUUAGCAUUCACUAGGUUUAUCACAAGAUAAGGCAACAGCAAAGGAAACUAUGCCGCGUUCCCUAUCACUCUCGCUGCAUGGAAAUAUAAACACAAUUUUAUUAUUAUGAAUAUAAUAUUAUGACUCUAUUCUUUUGUAUGAUUGACGUUUUAGGUGAGUUUAUUUCUAUUAAAGCAGUCAAAUGAGUGUGAUCUCCUGCCAGCCAGCUGAAGAUUGAACCCCUACUGAUUGAGACUUGAAACAGACUUUGUGUGUGUGUUUCUUGGAACAUAUUCAUUUUUUUUCUUUUUUUUAAUUUAUCAUUACAUUACCCAUUAAGCUGGCUACCUUGAUAGCAUUGUUCCUCAUGCUGUCUAUGUAGGCAGCACACCAGGUUUUGAGAGACUGCCUCUCUGGAUGUUUAUUCUUUCAGUUUUUCCUCUAGAGACAGUUGAACUACAGAGACUCGUGUAGAUUUCCUCAUUAAAAGGAGAGAGAGAGUUUGAGCAGUGAAUACAGGGUUGGAUGGUUGUUGAAGCGCAUUUUGACAUGAACAAAACCUCAAAUAGACUUACUUGUGUUGAUGUUAUCUGAAGAAGCUAAAAGGUCAGGUGAAGAUGAGAAAGAGAAACGAGACAAUAGCGUUAAUCCUCACAGGUGUUGUGUGCUUCCUCAUUUUCAUCUACAAAAAUGACACUGAAGACAACAUGACACUGAAUAGCAAAGACACAUAUGAGAUGCUCCGUCAUCAAACUGAUUUGCUCAGAUCCGAAACUCCCCAGCCUUUGUUUUCACAAUGUCAACAGAAUACAUCUGCUUAUAAUGUGACUGGAUUUUCUACUCUGCCAGGUCAUAUCCAAGAUUUCCUGCUUUACCGACACUGUAGGAAAUUUCCUAUGCUGCUUGACCAGCCUGAUAAGUGUGGCGGACCCCUGAACUCUGCAGAUGUCUUUCUUCUGCUGGUCAUCAAGAGUUCUCCAGAAAACUACGAUCGACGAGAAGUCCUGCGGAAAACAUGGGCUGAGGAAAGACUGUAUAAAGGUGUGUGGAUCCGUAGGGUCUUCAUAAUCGGAACAACAAAAACUGGCUAUGAGAAGCGUAGGUUGAAUAAGCUGUUGAGGCUGGAGAACAAUGAGAACAAGGACAUUUUGCAGUGGGACUUCAAUGAUUCGUUCUUUAACCUCACAUUGAAGCAGAUCCUUUUCUUAGAAUGGAUGGAAAGAUGGUGCCCAAAUGCUAGAUUUCUCUUAAACGGGGACGAUGACAUCUUUGCCAAUACGUUUAACAUGGUUGAGUAUCUUCAAGGUCAAGAGGACAAUGAUGGAGGCAAACAUCUCUUUACCGGGCACCUCAUCCAGAACGUAGGGCCUAUUAGACACUCCUCAAGUAAAUACUAUAUCCCGGUGCAGGUUCGGGAGUCUGAGAGCUAUCCUCCGUACUGUGGUGGAGGAGGCUUUCUUCUCUCCGGCUUCACGGCCAGAACAAUCUACAAAAUGUCUCACUCUAUAAUUCUAUUGCCCAUUGAUGAUGUUUAUAUGGGAAUGUGUUUGGAAAAGGCUGGCCUCAAACCUACAUCCCACUUUGGUGUAAGAACUGCUGGUCUGAAAGUCCCAGCUGGGGACGUCGACAAAUUUCACCCUUGCUAUUACAGAGAAAUCAUUUUAGUCCACAGAUUUCUGCCGCACAUGAUUUUUGUGAUGUGGAAUGAAAUACAAAACCCACAAUUGCAAUGUGGAAAGACAAAGUCUGCAUUUUAGAGAAGCCUAUAAACAAAAGAACAGGGUGUGUGAUUAAUUUUAAAGGGAAACAUAAUAGCUGGCUGGAGUUGAUGUGAUAAAAUUUGUUUUUAAUUUAAUGUUUUUAUCAAUUUUUACCGUUUUUACCAAUGUAAUUUCUCAGAUAAAUUAUGUUGUGUAUUGCACUUUAACUGAAAUGAAAAGGGUGGCUGAUUCUUUUUUCAGCAGUAGUA